AUGGCCGAUGCCGACGACCCCGCUGCCUUCUCCGCCGCCGCCGCAGCCGGUGGGCUGACUCACGUGGCCACCGCCGCCAUCCCGCCCCCAGCCGCGGCCAUGCCGCCGCCCCCCGCCCGCCGGCUCGGAUUGGCGGCGCCCUGCCCGGUGGCCACCGCGCAGUCGGCGAAGCCGGCGAAGGGACGAGGAGCCAGCGUCAAACGGACGGCCAACCGCAGCCGCAAGCCGGCCGACAGUUCUACGCGGCCGUUGAAGCUCUCAAAGGCGGCCGCGGCGGCUCGGGGCGACGAGUCGCAGACGGUGCGGACGGCGGCCUCCUCUAGCAGCCACACCUCCAUUCCUCCACCUCCCCCGCCGCCACCGCCGGCCGUGGAGGAAGAUGUGGCCACGCCGACGGCCACUGCCUCCAACAUGUUCGACGAAAUGUCUGUUGAUGAUGAAGCUUUCAUGCACGCAACAAAUGUGGCAAAUGAUGAUUACAUAUAUGAGUCACAAGAAUAUGAAACCCAAUAUGAUGAUGACAAUCUUGAUGUGGAUGAUGAGGGCUUCAUUGCCAAGGGAAGAAGUGGCAAUUAUAGCACCGUGGAGGAUGUGUUGAUAUGCACCGCUUGGAAGAAAAUCUCUCAAGAUGCAAGCGUUGGAAGUGACCAAACGAAAAUGAUUGCACAAGGAUUGUUUCGGGAGAGGAACAUGAAAGGCGAGAAGAAGAGAAGGAAAGGAAAAGCUUUCACUUUUCAUCAUUGCUACAAAGAGCUCAAGGAUGUGGAGAAGUGGAAAACUAGAGAGACUUUUGAAUCGUCGAAGAAGAAGAGUGUGUUGGUUGAGGAUGAAGAAGAUGACGCCAUUGAAGAGACGACCCCCACUCCUAACUCCGCGAGAAAAUCUUAUAGGCCCGAUGGAACCAAGAAAUAUGCCGAAGAGAAAAGAAUCUUGAAGCUCAAGGAAAUAGAGGAGAGGAGUGAGGCCGAGCGGCGAAGGGCGGCGACCGAGGAGAAGAGGGCGGCAGCCGAGGAGAGGUUGGCCGCGGCCGAGGAGAGGAAGGUGGAACUAGAGGAGAAGAAGGCCGCGGCCGACGAGAGGAAGAUGGUAGAAGAGAGGACACUCAAGUUUAUGUUCAUGGACACAUCAACUCUUGAUGCCAAGGCAAAGGCAUAUGUUGAACUUUGUCGCGAUGAAAUGCUCAUGAAGAAGCAAAUGCUCAUGAGGCAAAUGAUGAUGGAAGGAGGCAUGGGAGAUGCCAUGGGUGGAGCCAUCGGUGGUGCCAUGGGAGGUUACAUGAACAUGAUUGGAGGUGCCAUGAUUGGUGCAUUUGGCGGAAACAUGGGAGGUGGCUUCGGUGGCAUGGGAGGUGGCAACAUGGAAGGUGGCUUUGGCGGCAUGGGAGGUGGCUUUGGCGGCAUGGGAGGUGCUUUUGGUGGCAACAUGAUGGGUGGCUUGGGAGGUGGCUAUGGCAACAACAUAAGUGGCGUUGGAGGUGGAUAUGGCGGCAACAUGGGACGCAAUGAAGAUGGUUCCGGUGGUGCUCACGGCAACGAGAGUUCACCGCUUGUUGAGAACGUCGACAAAGACGGUGAUGGAGAUGAUGAUCGUACCACGGUUCACAACACCGGUGGUGUUGAUGACCCGAAUGAGUGA